UACCAACCCGCCCUCCUCUGGAUCAUCAGGGCGCGGGGACGGUGCCAGUCGCGCGUCCUUCACUUACCGGACUGCCGUCUAACCAGUUUCCCACGGUCCAGCCGAGCGUGUGCGCACCUCCCCAGCUGUCCAAGAAAAACCAGGAAGACUCAGCUGCCGCUCCAACCGACAGCAGAGACUUUGUGUUGCCAUGAUGAGGAACGUUGCGGGAGUUAUUGUGCUGAGCUUGCUGCUAGUAUUUGUCCAGCUUGCAGCAGGAGAGAGUUUCAGCCCACCUGGGACACCUAAAAAUAUAAUUUGUCGCUCUCCCGAAAAAGAGACUUUCACCUGCUGGUGGGAGCCAGGCUCUGAUGGAGGGCUGCCAACCACCUAUGCCUUGUACUAUCGCAAAGAAAACUCUGACACAGUGUACGAGUGUCCCGACUACAAAACGGCUGGAAAGAACUCCUGCUUCUUUAACAAGAAUGACACAUCCAUCUGGGUGACCUACAACAUCACCGUUGUGGCCACCAACGCACUGGGUAGAGCAUUUUCGGAUCCCGUUGAAAUAGAUGUCGUUUACAUCGUAAUGCCAAAUCCUCCAGAAGAGGUGACAGUGACUGUCAUAGAGGACACAAACUGGCCUUUCCUUCGAGUUUCUUGGGAACCUCCUGAAAAGGCUGACACCCGUUCGGGUUGGAUUACUCUAAUCUACGAGCUCCGAAUCAAGCUGGAGAAUGAAGAUGAAUGGGAGGUGCAUCCUGCAGGCCAGCAGAAGGUGUUCAACAUUUUCAGCCUGAGACCAGAUAGUACAUAUCAUGUCCAGGUUCGAUGCAAGCCUGAUCAUGGCUUCUGGAGUGAAUGGAGUGGCACAACGUUCGUCAAAGUUCCGGACUAUUUCCCACGAGAAAGGUCAAUGUGGAUCCUUAUUGCAGUCUUUGCUGCCUUCAUCAUCCUCACCUUCGCCUUCAUCUGGCUGUCAUACAUGAAAAUUCACAAUCUGAAGCACUACGUUCUGCCCCCGGUGCCAGGACCUAAAAUCAAAGGAUUUGAUAAAAAAGCUCUCAAGAAUGGCAAGUUUGAGGACAUCUUUAGCUCAUUGGUGGUGUCUGAUUUCCCUCCAACCACAUCCAAUUAUGAGGACUUUAUUGUGGAAAACCUAGAGGUGUUUGUUCCAGAGGAGCAGGAACUUAUCAUGGAAGACAGCAAAGUUCUUCAAGAUGAUAGCAUCAAAUCUGAAAACUCCACCUGUGACAAUGACUCUGGCCGGAGCAGCUGUGACAGCCACACCCUGCUCAUCGAUAAGGGCGGAGGAGACAAAGAGGAGGCGCUAGAGUCCGAUCAGGAGGGUAGUCAUGAUGAGAGGGUUCCAACGAGCCCAGAGGAAGCCAUGGAGGAAGACCCCUUAGCAUGCUGUGACGAAAAGAAUAGCCCCGAUAUUUCUGAGAAGGGGAAGUUCACGCCUUCUUUGUUUUCCCCACUACCCCGGUACAACCUGAUGAAUCAACCAAACCCCCCUGAGAUGGGGAAAAAACACUGCCUUUCAGAUAGCCCGCUCAACCCAGACUCCCUUCCCUCUUACUUUACUCAGCCUCCCAGCACUAAAAAUGACUUUAUAUCAAAUCCCUGGGAGUGCAACUUCAACCACAAGCAACAUCCUCUCCAUCCCCAGACAACGGGCAAAGAGCACCUCCAGGUUCAGAACGAAAUCAGCUGGGUACACGGUGACCGCACAGAAGCUUCCUUAGGUGUCCAAGCGCCCAGCGUCAGGUCCACCGAAUAUGUGGAGGUCCAGAGGGUCAGUGGUGGGAAUACGGUUCUCCUUCACCCUGUGUCUGCAGGCCAAGAAAACGGCGGGACCAUGAGCCAUCAAACGGAGCAUUACAGCAGGGUGAAGACGGUGAACAAUGACAGUGGUCUGCUGUUGCUUCAUAAAGAGUCCACAGGGGAAGAGAUGGGAAUAUGCCUUAGUGAAGAAGAAGUGGAAAGCAGAGCAACAUCGAAUGGCUACACAGCAUCCAUCACUCCAACUUCAGAGAAGCCUAUGGUCGGCAUUAACUCCGCCCUGCCGAUUCUGGAUGACAGGAUCGCCAGUGGAUACGUUGACACCGCCACCAUGUUUGGCCUGCCCACUUACUAGAUGUUGCAAAUACUCAGCUGAAGGACAUUGCAAGCAGAUUACUUUCAGUUUAGGAAGCGAAAAAUAAAAAAAGAGAAAAACUAUGCUGACACUGAAUGCUUUCACAGAAAUAUUUAUUCUAAUUUUUCUUUCAAGGUAAAACAUUGAUUUUUAAGAGACAUGUUUUUCAGACGAUUAGAAUUAUAUUCUUUAUUCAGGUUGUGAAAAAAAGAAUUAUCUAUGAUUAUGAGGUACUUUGAGUUAUUAUUUUGGUCAACUGUACACUGCUUUUACCUCUAAAAACAGAUCUUAAGGUUGCUGCGUACUGUAGACAUGCAAACCUCAGAAAAAUAGAAAAGAAAAUAGAUCAAUUGACCCAGUGAGGGGAUGCUCCUAUUGUACCUGCCUGGCUGUUUCCUCUGAGGGGUGGAUCUGUAAAAAUCAAUGCAAAGUUUGUAUGUUUUUUGGUAUUUUCUGUGCUGAUUUUAAAUAUGCCCCAGACCAUUACAACACUUGGUAGAAGCGGGAAUCAUUAGACAGAUAUAAAAACGCCACCAGCUCUCAUCACAGCUACUAAACACCAGUGGGAACUUUGAUGUAAGGAAAUUUUGUUCACAUGCUAAAAGUUGCUAUUGGACCAUUAUAGAAAUGCUGAAAGAGAGAAUGUCUUUUGGUGUAUGUUGCUUCCAUCCAGUCA